ACAGCAUUCGGAAUUCAAUAAUCUACACUCUGCAAAAAAAAAAACUUUGUUUAGGAAUUUCACAUUUGCCCCACUCAAAAUUAAAUUAAAUAAAAUAAAAUUGAAAUGGGGUCUCCGAAGAUAGCCAUACUCGGCGCCGGAAUCUUUGUCCGGACAGAAUACAUUCCGAGGUUGUCUGAAAUCUCCCAACUCUUCAGUCUCAAAGCUAUCUGGAGCCGCACUGAGGAAUCGGCGAAAGGUGCAGUUGAAAUUGCGAAAGAGUUUUUCCCGGAGGUGGAAUGCAAAUGGGGUGAUGAUGGUCUUGAUGACGUCAUUGAAGAUUCUUCCAUUGAUGCUGUGCUUGUUGUUCUUGCUGCCCAAUUUCAGGUGGAUCUGUCCUUAAGGAUUUUGAAGAGUGGAAAGCAUGUUCUUCAAGAGAAACCAGCAGCAGCUUCCAUCACCAAAGUGGAAACUGCAUUGUCAAGCUAUAACUCUCUUACCAGUACCGGUUUGCCUUCUAAACCAAUUUGGGCAGUUGCUGAGAAUUAUCGUUUUGAACCUGCUUUUUUGGAGGGCAAAAAACUCAUGGGUGAUAUCGGAGAAAUGGUGAAUUUUCAAAUCAUUGUGGAAGUUCCGAUGAAUAGCUCAAGCCCUUACUUCUCAAGUUCUUGGAGGCACAGCUUUGCCGGGGGUUACAUUCUCGACAUGGGAGUACAUUUUAUUGCAGCAUUGAGGAUGAUGGCUGGAUGUGAGAUAACUUCAGUCUCAGCCAUGACUUCUAAUGUCGAUACCACCUUGCCUCCACCUGAUAGCAUGUCUUCAUUAAUUCAACUGGAGAAUGGGCGAUCGGGAGUGUUGGUAACUGUUGUGUCUGCAAAAACACUCAAGUUAUUCUGGCGAGUUGUGGGCUUAAACGGGACAUUUCAAAUCGAUGUGGAGAGUAGAGAAGGGAAGUUUGGAUACUUGGUCACGCUUUUUACGGCCGACGGGCAAACAAAGAGCAAUUUCUACCCGGGAUUCAGUGGCGUGACUGAAGAGCUCAAAAUAUUUUUCAGUGAUGUUACACAAGCAAGCCUGAAGAAAGAGAGCAUCUUCGAAGCUGAGGCUCGUAUGUCUUUUAUCGAAGGUGCACGAGAUUUAGCGGUGAUGGAUGCAAUGCUUGAAUCUGGGAACAAACAAGGAGCACUUGUCCAUGUGAAAAAGUUUUAAUUUGGUCCUUUUGUUCUUGUCUUGAGUUGUUUGUGUGGUUUCUCAUAAGUCGAAUAAACGGCAUUUAUUAUUAAUAUUUAAUAAUAAAGAUGUGGAAUGGGAUCAAAAUAUUGCAAGCAUUUUGAAGAUAGAUUUCCAUUUCAUUUAUGUAAUAAAGUAUUCUCUAUUUUGAGAAUGAAAAUAAUGUUUGUCUGUAUACUAUGGUGAGGUGAUUUUAUAAUGUUCGUGGCACCAAUCUAUCGUAUAAGAUGUGAUAUUAUAUCA